AUGAUUACGUUUAAAGUAGUGUUUUAUAUAAAAGGUUGUUUCGUGAAAGACCCAGAGAUUAGAUACGAAGGUGGGACUGUAAUUGGGUUUAACAACCAAGACAUAGAUUAUUGGUCGUUUUAUGAAGCACGUGACUUAGUGAAAACCAUUGAACCUGACUUUGAUGAAAAAACUGUUAAGAUGUGGUGGAAACCUGGAAAUGGUAGUUUUGAAGAAGACAUGUUGCCAUUUAGGGAUGACUCAGAUGCUGCUGAGUUAGUGAUGUUUGUUGUUGGAAAUAACUGUGAUGCUGAGAUAUUUUGUGAACCACAACCUGAAGAAGGUGGUAGUACCUUUAUGGAUAGGAUUAGGGAGAAGGGGAAGGGCAAAGCAGAAAAUGAGAAUAAUAGUGAGGAUGAAUCAAGUGAUGAAUCAGUAAGGGAUGUGCAUUUUGAUGAUAGUGAGGAGGAAAGAAUGAAGGGUUUUGCUGAAGAAAUGGAUGAUGUGGUGAAUGGAAAUUCUGCUGAGCAUAUAAAUCAAGAAAAUGGGGAAGCAAAUCCUGGUGCAGCAAGUCAACAAGUUAACAAAAUUAGUAUCACAGAAGAAAUGGGGAAGCAACAUGUCAUUGAAGAUGAAUACAUGACAGAUGAGUUGGAUAGUGGGGCUGAGGAUGAUAGUUCUGAUGAAAGGACAUGUGUUAUAAGGUUCAAUGAGGAAGAUAAACUGAGCAAGGAUUAUGUCUUCAAAGUAGGAAUGGAAUUUCGUUCAUUGAGACAGUUUAAGGAUGCCAUACUUGAGCAUAAUGUGCUAAAUGGAAGAGAUGUGAAGUUUGAGAAGAAUGAUUCUAAUAGAUGCAGGGUUGUUUGCAAGGACAAGAAAAAGUGUAAUUAUACAGUAUUGUGUAGUAGGGUGUUAACAUCCACAACUUUUAGGAUAAAGACACUAUUUGCAAAACAUAAGUGUGGGAGAAAGUUUUUUAACAAAAGUGCUAAGGCAGAAUGGGUUGCUAAGGUUAUUGUAGAUGGUUUGAAGAACAACACUAAGAUGAAACUGAAUGAGGUAGUUGCUGAUAUUAGACAAAGGUAUUCCACUGAAAUUCCAGGGUGCAGGGCAUUUAGGGCAAGACAAAUUGCAAGACAAAUAGUUGAGGGGGAUUCAAGCAAACAAUUUAGUAUGUUGUGGUCUUAUGGUGCUGAGUUGAGAAGGGCUUCAGCAGGCAAUACAUUCAAAAUCAACACUACUUCAUUUGCCCCAGGAUUGAAGCCUAGGUUUGAGAGGUGUUACAUAUCCUUUGAUGGGACCAAGAAAGCAUUGAUAAAGGCAUGCAGGCCCUUUAUUGGAUUGGAUGGAUGCCAUUUGAAACACAAAUAUGGUGGUAUUUUACUCAUUGCAGUGGGCAGAGAUCCAAAUGACCAAUAUCUUCCUGUUGCUUUUGCUGUAGUUGAGAGUGAAACAAAAGACUCUUGGAGCUGGUUUAUGAAGUUACUUAUUGAAGAUAUUGGAGAUGGCAGAUGGUGUUUCAUAUCUGAUCAACAGAAGGGACUGGUGCAAGUGUUUGAAGAGGAGUAUCCAGCUUAUGAGCACAGAUUUUGUCUAAGACAUUUAUAUGCAAACUUCAAAAAAAAGUUUGGUGGAGGAACUUUGUACAGGGAUCUCAUGAUGGCAGCUGCCAAGGCUACCUAUUUUGAGGCACAUGAAGCAAAGAUGCUUAUGAUCAAGGAGGCCAAAUUGGAAGCUUAUGAGUGGUUGGAGGCAAUUCCCAAGAACAAAUGGUGUAAGCAUGCUUUCCCUUUUUUCUCAAAGUGUGAUGUGUUAAUGAACAAUUUGAGUGAGUCUUUUAAUGCAACCAUUUUAUUGCAAAGGGACAAGCCAAUUAUUACAAUGCUUGAGUGGAUUAGGAAUUCUUUAAUGGGGAGGUUUGCAACCCUUAGAGAAAAAGUAGAUGGAUACAAUGGUCAAAUAAUGUCUAAACCAUUAAAGAGAUUAGAUAGAGAGAUUAAGAAGAGUGCUAGUUGGACAACAACAUAUGCUGGUAGGUAUUCAUUUCAAGUUACCCAUGUACUCUUUACUGACAGCUUUGUAGUUGACCUUGAGAAACAUACAUGUAGUUGUAACUUUUGGGAAAUAGUUGGGAUACCAUGUAGACAUGCAGUGGCAGCCAUAUAUAGGAAGGUGGAUGACCCAGUGAGUUAUGUAAACAAGUGCUAUCACAAGAGUACCUAUGAGGCAUGCUAUAAUGAAGUCAUCACCCCUUUGAAUGGCCAGAACAAAUGGCCCAAAACAACUCAACCUGAUAUGUUUCCACCACUGUACAAACGUGGUGCAGGGAGGCCCAAAAAACUACGUAGGAGAGAAGCUGAUGAGGUUAAUCAGAAUAAAUGGCAGAGAACUAAUACUAGUCAUAGAUGCAAAGUUUGUUUUGAACUAGGUCACAACAAAAGGACUUGCAAGAAAAACAAGCAAAUUGUUGCCAUAGGUGUCCCAACAAAUGUACCAAUUGAAGAGGGUCCAACAAGUGGUGUCCAAGCAAAUGUGCAAAAUGAAGAAGUUCCAACUAAUAAUGUGACAACUACUGAGGAUGUGCCUACACAGGCCAGUCAAACUGCCCAAGCAAAUGUGGCAGCAAAAAAAGAGCAUAAGGCUAAGGGCAAAGCUUCAAAAAAUGCCAAGUCUAGAACAAGUGGUACAACACAACCAUCAAACUCUUCACCUGUUGAUAAGUAUUAUGAAUGGGAUGCUGAAACACUAGAAGCCUUGCUGGAUUGGGAUGAUAUUUUGGACAUUAGGCCUUUGAGUGUGGAUUCUUCACCCAUCAAGAAAAAGGAUGCUCAGCCAACAAAGGAUAAAGAACCAGUUGUUGCUGCCAAGGAUUCUGGACCAUCUACUGCAACUACUGCUACAAAGGCCAGGGAUGGACCCAAAAUUUUCUUUGGCCCAGCUCCAAAAAAGCCAAAGAACAAACCACUCAAACAACAUGUAGGUGCAUCAUCUGUUGGACAGGUUCCUCCUAAACCACCUACAACAUCUUCAGCACAAGUGCAGCCCAAAGCAAAAAAAAGUAAAAGUGAUAUGGAUGUGGCAAAAAGGCAAAGUGAUAGACCCAGAAGCCUCAAGUCAAAGGCUAUUCCAGGGCCAGGGAAAAAACCAGAUGAUCCAUUGGUGAUCGUUGAGGAGGAUGAAGCAACAGAGGAUUCAACAAGUGGUGUCCCCAAGAUGAAGAAAUGGGAUGACAUCUACAAAGGCUUAACUCAGUGA